GAGGCAACAUGGGAUUCCUGAAUGUACGAUAUUAAGAAUCUUUAUAUCCCGCACGCAUUAAUAUUCAUUGCACGCGUUUUUGAGGAGAUUUUCUGUAUUUGUGUCGUAAUGAUGCGCUAAACUGUCUUGAAUCCGGUCCUGGCGAAUGAAUUCCACCGUUGCGUUACCACAUAAGAUAUCUCGCUUCCGCUUGCGGUUUUUAUUUAAAACCGAAUUUUGAGAACGUGAGUAUCCAUUUAAUUGGCACAUAUUUACACCUAAUAAAGUGCCAAUGCGUUAAAGUUGUACGUGGAAAUUUCGCAAUUUUGAAAAGUGCACAUUAUCAUUCGAAUCUAUUCUAACAGAUGGCGGUAAAAAAUGCGCGUGCGUUAUCGGUAAGUCAGUUUUAUUGAUUCACCGGCCAGUUUCUUUUGAUCGACCCAUCAAAUUCAUUUUAAAUAAAGUAGUGCGAGAACAGCUGAGUUUUUUUGUUAUUGUGAUACAUAGAACAAUUGAACGAUGGCAGGACAAACAAUCAACGAUCGUUUACUUGCCGCCAAACACAGCUUAGCCGGACAAGGACUUGCUAAAUCUGUAUGUAAAGCCACAACUGAAGAAUUACUAGGGCCAAAAAAGAAACAUUUAGACUACUUAGUACAUUGUACAAACGAACCGAACGUAUCGAUACCACAGAUGGCAAAUUUACUAAUCGAAAGGUCACAAAACACAAGCUGGGUCGUAGUUUAUAAAGCGUUGAUCACUACUCAUCACCUUAUGUGUUACGGUAACGAAAGGUUCACACAAUACUUGGCAUCAAGUAACACGUCGUUUCAGCUCUCUAAUUUUGUUGAUAAAACAGGUGUUCAAAGUGCAGUAGGUGCUCGAACGGGCUACGAUAUGUCACCCUUUAUUAGACGAUAUGCUCGUUAUAUCAACGAAAAGGCACUAUCAUAUCGUGCUGUCGCAUUCGACUUUUGCAAGGUGAAGCGUGGAAAAGAAGAGGGAACUUUGAGGACGAUGAAUUCGGAACACUUACUUAAAACUUUGCCCAUCUUGCAAAAUCAGUUGGAUGCGUUGCUCGAAUUCGAUUGUACGGCCAAUGAUCUCACGAAUGGCGUAAUUAAUGUGUGUUUUAUGUUACUUUUUAGAGAUCUUAUUCGUUUAUUCGCAUGUUAUAAUGAUGGAAUUAUUAAUUUGUUAGAAAAGUAUUUCGAAAUGAACAAGAAGCAAUGUAGAGAUGCUUUAGACUUGUAUAAGAAGUUCUUAAUACGAAUGGAUCGUGUGGGAGAGUUUCUAAAGGUAGCCGAAAAUAUAGGAAUCGAUAAAGGCGACAUUCCCGAUCUGACGAAAGCGCCAAAUAGUCUUUUAGACGCUUUGGAGCAACAUCUAGCAUCGCUCGAAGGAAAUACGCCCACACAAGCUGUUAAUAACCAGAAGAACAUAAAGACAGGCGUUUCUGCGUUGUCCAGUACGAGUAACGCUUUCGGUUCUGCUGCUAGCAAUGCGCAAAUUGACGAAACUGUUAAACAAGCCGCCAUGGCCGAAGAAGAGGCCGCUUUAAGUAAGUACAAGGCAAAUGUUAAUUCUCCAACGGCCGGUAGCACCAAUCCUUUCUUGAGUUCCCCAACAAAGACGGAGCCUAUUUUGGAUCUCUUUGGGUCUGAUGUCACCAGCACUCAGCCAGCUACCAACCAGCCGUCUAAAGCAAUUGACGAUCUGCUUCAAUUAGGCAAUCCGUUCGCAGAUAUGUUUACCACAUCAGUUACAACCGCCGCCAGCGUGAGUAGCACUGACUUUUUCUCAAGCUCAAACGUAACAACGUCGAUGGCUCAACCCGCCAACAUGUGGGCUAACGGUUUUACCACGCAGCCAGCUCCGAAUCUCUUCACAACCGGCAACAAUUUAACGAAUAUGUUUAAUAGUAACGAACCGUCAGUAUUCGAUCCAAUUGGUGCAGUUCAGCAAACCUCUCCUCCACAGCCUCAGGUACCGCAACCAAUGCGCCCCCCGCAACAACAGAAGUUACUAACCGGCGAUUUGGAAUCGAGCCUCGCCUCACUCGCGGAAAAUCUCACUAUUGACAGUGGUAGAGCUGCGACCAUGCAGUGGAACUCACCUAAAAAUCAAGCAAAACCUGCAGGUACAGGUUGGCAGCAACCAGCAGCACCAGUAGCUCCAAACUACAAACCGAUGGGCCAACAGAUGGGCGGUCUUCCUAUGCAAUAUCCAUUGGGCGUACAGCCGAUGAUGGGUAGCCCCAAGUUGAGUAGUCAGACACAGCCACCUAAACAAGAAGUCAGCUUCGAUCCUUUUGGUGAUCUAUAGUUUAGUUUAGAGAUUAGCUUAGACCCUUUUUUACUCUCCCUUAAAAUAGGCACAAUGUAUGUUUUGUUGGCUUAAAAAAUUGAUUGAGGAUCUGUUCAUAUUGUGGGAAGAAUGUGCAAUUAUCAUUGGCUUAUAAAUAUUUGUUAAAAGUGAUAAUCAGUAUUGAAAUGCGAAAAAUUGAAAUGCUCUGUUUUAAAUAAAAUAAUUUUAAGCUAUAUUUAUUUGAUAAUUUUUAUCUUAUACAUUCCUAUUGUAGAAUAUAAACGUGAUAUUUUGUUUAUUAUUAGUAAUUUAUAUAGGUAAUUGUAUUAUUUUCUUUUUUUGAGAAAUGUAAAUUGUGUAACAAUUUGUCUAACAACUUUUCGUGUCGUUUCUUAACUGCAUGUGAUCUGAAAGUACUAUUAUAUUAUUUAUUGUAUUAUUUUUUUGUAUCUGAAGCAUAUUGGAUUGUUGAGGGAAGCUUGGAAGUUGAUUUUGGUACUGAAACUAAAUUCUGUAUCAUCACAUAAUGUAAUAAUUUGAUAUAAAAUUAUAUCACAUUGUAAAACAAAAUUAUCAUGCUAUAGAGAAUUUCAAUCAUAUUUAUAAUAAAAAUUUAAUGUAUUUAUAAAUGUUUCAAAUUCGAAAUGAAGAUAACAGGUACGAAUAUUAUGUAAGAAAUUCCAAAGAUAUUGUUAGGUCACAAAUGAAGUAGGUGUAUAAUAUAUUUUAGCAACAAUCAAUUGUGUAAUCAAGAUGUGACAAUAUAAAGUGUAUAAAGCUGUUGAAUAAAUUGAGUAUAUGCUUUUGUGUU